AAUGGCCAGUUGCCUUUCGGCCACACUUGUUAGUAGUUCGGAAAAGUUAGCUCUGCCACCGGAAAUGUCAAACUUCCACAUUUUUCUGACCCUCAGUGUCCUGUGUGUCGCGCUCCUCAAUCCUCAAGGCGACGGCGGCGCGUUGGCCGUUUUUUGGCCAUGUGAAAGCGAGGCAGACUGCACAGCUGACGGCUCGAGCUGUGACUUAGCCAACGGGCAGUGCGGGUGCUCCACAUUUGACUCAGUGCUCGCGGAGAACUUCACGCAAUGCCUGGCGACGUCGCUCAUUGGUGAACGGUGCGACGAUAGCGUCCAGUGCAAUCUUAUGCCAACGGGAGCCAGUUGUAAAGCCGGGGUCUGCGAUUGCGCCGAUGGCCAAACCUAUCUGCGGGGCAAGUGUCGCCCACUGAACGGACUCGGCGAGUCUUGCGAUACGGACUUGGACUGCUACUUUGGCUACGAUCGUGCAUCUGUUAGCUGUCAGGAAAACGUUUGCGGCUGUGCCAAUGGCUAUUAUAAUAGAUAUGGAAACAUCUGUCGUCGCAAAUCAAUGGAAGAAAACGAUGCCUGCGUCGUUAAUGAGGAUUGUGAUGCACUUGACGCCGCAGCCGAGUGCGUGGGAUUAGUAUGCACCUAUGUCGAUGAGAUUCCUGCCACAACCGAGGUCCCGGCCACGGACACAACAGGCUGGGAUGAUGACUCCACCACGGCGGAGGCAGUCACCGAGACGACCGAUCAGCCGACUGAAACGGCUACCACGCUCUUUGGCCGCAGGCAGCUAACCAAGGCCUUCGUGCAUAGCCCCCCGCCCACUCAUAGCGAUGCCGCCGCCCAGGUCUCCUUUGCCCCCCUCUCUCCGCUCAUCAACGGCGACACAGAGCCCCUCAUCUCUCCACGAUCCCACGAGAUCGCCGUACAGACUAGCAUAGAGAAGUAUGAGCUUAAGGAAGUGGGGCGCAGUGUCAGGAACGUAGCCACUACCACCAUGGGGGGAGGAGGCGCCCACACCGCCUCGACCAGCACCAGCAGCCGCCGCAACUCCAGCCGGAAUCACAGCAUCAGCCGAAGCCACCGCCGCCGCCUGCCCGCCCUCUUCCGGUUCGAUGACGAGGACAUCAAGACCUACUCCACACUGGGAUCCAGUCGCGAGGAUGAUGACGCCGAUGACAAAAAGUAUGGCAGCAGCUGUACGGAUAAUGGCAAGACCUGCACGGGAUUGCCCCAUUCUAUUUGCUCCAAUAAGAUUUGCCUGUGCCGGCAGGGCUACUAUGCACGCAACGGCAAGUGCUUUGCAGAACUCGGGGAAAUUGCCGAGAGCACGGAUGAGUGCGAGUACGAGUUUGAUGACUUGACGAAGACCUGUAAUUGCCAAAAGAAUUAUUUCUACGAGCGGGAUCUCCGAAACUGUAGAAAACCCAUUCAGUAUCAUUUGUCCUGCACAUCGAAUAGCCAGUGCAGUCCCUUUGGAGCUUCUUAUUGCCACCCGGAGAUUCCCAGACGGUGUACUUGCGAGGAGUAUGCCCUGUACGAUGCCAUCAAGCAGCUUUGUGAAUACAAACAGGGUCUGGGCGCCGAGUGCGAGUCCAAUGAUGGCUGUCCAGUGGAUAACUCUGUUUGCUCCAAUCGUCUGUGUGUCUGCUCGGAGAACUUCUUCGAAAGGGACGAGACCUGUGUAAGAGGCAUCGGUGCCGAGUGUUCCGAGGAUGAUGAGUGCAUAGCCGACAACACCGCGUGUCUGACCAAGAGCACCGAUGAGGAGCAAGGACGCACUUGCCAGUGCCGCAAGGGAUAUGUGCAUUUCAAGGAUCAAUGCCUGAAGGAAGCUGAGGAACUGGAAGACGAGUGCGUCGAGGAUGAGCAGUGCAAACCACUCCUGGCCAGUUGCAACUCGGAGGGCAAGUGUGGCUGCACCGACGAACAGCACGAGAAGAACGGCAUCUGCGAAGUAAAACGAGAACUUGGUGAAUCGUGCACAAAGGCUACAGAGUGCUUCGUCGAAAAGGAUCCCGAGAACGUGGAGUGCCGUAACUCCGUCUGUCAGUGCAAAUUCGGAUAUACAACGAACUCUGACCAAAAGCAGUGUAUUAGGGUGAUCUCCAAUAAGAAAAAUUCUUCCGGCAGACCCAGUGCUUUAAAAAUCAUCACCUUUGUGCUGAUUGGCUCCGCUUUCCUGAUCACUAGUGCGGCCAUUAAGCAGGCCUACUAUUAAGGGCCAACCUAAAUUGCUAAAUACUUUUAAAGGAGUAACGUUUAAAAGGAUAAUAAUAAAAAGAAGAUGGGAAAA